CAUGCCACAGCUUAAUUUGACGUCAAGCAAAGUGGAAGGAGCUUGUCAGUACGCCGUAUUGCCACCGCAGUGCUAUUGAUGUCCUCACUGAGUAUGACAUGGCGUGUUGACGGGACCAAAAUCCAGCAAACGGAAGCGAAUGAUUGACGACCUAAAAUGAUGCAGCGGACCGACUCCACCGUACUACACUUUUACAUUGCUGGAUGGAUGAGGCCUGGAACACGUUAGAAGCAAAUACCGAAGAGAGAAGGAAUAAUCGAAUAUCCCCAGCCCAUCACCCUCAAAGCGUCCGCCUGAACUACCUUUCUCUCAAUAAGCUAUCAUGGCAGAACCGAUCACGAAUGGCAUUCCCUCUACUGCGAGUGAUGCUCCGACAAAACGAUUUGAUCCAUGGAACUCUUCCUCUACUGGGCAUCAAAGAGCUGAAAACCGCCUUGCGCGAUCGACCUCAUGGCGUGAUUCGCGUACAGCAAAGUUAGGAUCACAGCUUCGCGGUGGCUAUAGUGGUGGUGCUAGGGUAUCAGAUACUGUCGGGGCGGGUUCUGCGACGUUCAAUCAUGACGGAAGGAAAGAGAAUGGAGGGUGGGUUAAGGGCGCUCCUGGACUAAGAGCCCCAGGCCAACUGAGUAUGAAAGACAUGCUUAGUGGAAUGAGAAAGGAACAUAACGGCGUUUCUUUCGAAUCAAAACAACGACAACCGUCUCGCAUGACAGGUCACUUGCCUACCCCAAUCGUUGGCUCAACCAGCGUCAAAAGUCCGCCUAUGCAACCGGUCGGGCAACGAAGUUCGUCAAGAAAUGCUCCAUAUGGAACCGGCGAAGAAUCGUUAGAUAUCGGUACACAACGGAGGCUGGAAGAUCACCUGCCCCAGAUACGACAUGAAACAAAAGAAAAAUCCGCGGUCGGCACCAAGAUCUCUGAGUCGAGUGAGCGGAAAGAAAUUUUUCGCAAUCUUGUGUUUUACAUUAACGGCUCGACAUUUCCAGUUGUUUCUGAUCACAGACUGAAAUACCUCAUCGCCGAAUUCGGGGGUCGUGUUUCCAUAGCCCUUGGUAGACGAUCAGUUACGCAUGUUAUUCUUGGAAAGGGUUCUGGGAGUGGGCUGGCCGGUGGAAAGCUACAGAAGGAGAUUGGUCGCGUUAAUGGAUGUGGUGUGAAGUACGUUACUGCUGAGUGGGUUCUUGAAAGUAUUAAAAGCGGCAAGCGGGUCCCGGAGACAGCAUUUGGCCCGUCCAAGCUAGCAUCAACCGGACAGCAAAGUGUAUAUGAGAUAUAUAGUACCAAGUCAAAAGAUACAAAGCAUUGAUAAACCAAUUAUAAGUCGAGUCAUUAUACCCUUAGAAUUUAUAUGAGUACAAAUAGACGAUAUAUCCUGC